AUGAAGCACACGCGCAGGCUCGCCCUGGCCGGCCGGCCCGAGGCGCUUGUCCUGAGCAUGACCGUCACGGGCGUCGUCGUUGGAGUGCUCAGCCAUCUGCACACGCAGCGCUCGUUCAAGCUCCUCUGCUCGAUCGAUCCGGGACUCGCCAACCCGCUCCCUCUGCACGUCGACACGGCCGCGAGCGUCGAGCCCUUUCUCCGAUCCCGCGACGCGGCCGCCGGACCGCUCCGGCCGGGCUGCCACUCUGAGGUGACGUGGCACGGAGCAGAAGAGGAGCCGACCCGCAUCUCGGUCCUCCACCUGCACGGCUGGUCCGCGAGCCCGCUCGAGAUUGACCCAGUCGACGCCCGGCUCGCAACCAAUCUCCGGGCCAACCUGCUCCGCUUUCGCCUCUCUGGCCACGGACUCGCCUCGGCCGACGGGUACGAGCUAUACGCCAACGCGACGAGGGCGACGCUGCUGCGGGACGUCGCGCAGGCGUUUGCAUGCGGCAGGCUGCUGGGGAGGCGCGUCCUGCUGAUUGCGAGCUCGACUGGUGCCACCCUCUGCUUGUGGCUGUGCGCCCAGCCGCUGUGGGCAAACGACGUGGUUGGCCUCGUCGCGCUCUCUCCCGCCCUCGCGCUGCGGGCUCGCUCUUACCACGCCCUCAAAUACCUCGUCGCGCUCUUGCCGGCGGCCGCCUCCGAGUGGCUCUUCCGCGCCAUCGUGGGGAGAGAGUUUCGCAUCAACGUGAAAGCGCACACACUGGUCGACGCCACCGAGAAGCGGCGAGCCUGGACCCUGGUGUACCCGGCGGCGGCGCUGCGCCACAUCGUCGAGCUCUACCUCUCCUUUGAGCUCAGCAUCACGGCGAGGGAUGUGCUGGCGCCCGUGCUGGUGCUCGCCAACGAGGCGGACCCAGACGUCGACUUUUACAGCACGCGUGCCUUUUUCGGGGCGGAGAACACGACGCAGCUCUCGCCACUCCCGGGCGAGCAUCCGCAUUGCAUCACCGGCCGCAUCAACGCGCCGAGCACCGUCGACGCCGUGGUUGCGCUCGCGACCAAGUUUGCGACGAGGGCCAUCGGGGAUGCGUCGGGGCCCGAGCGGCGCAGCAGGACGGCGUCCUACGCGGCUCGCCUCCGGCCAUGGACGGGCAAGGUUGUGGCGCCACAUGGACUAGUUGGUCAGUCGUUCGAUGGAGACAACAUUGCGGUCUUUGGCAACAAGGACCACUAUCGCGAGCUGUGGUGGCGGCAGAGCUCCUUCAAGGGCAAGGAGAUCACGACCGAGGCGCAGGCCGAGGGUGCCAUCGAGGGCUCUGGCGAUGACUACAAGGUGGCCGACUUUUUCUCGACCGACUUCAAGUACCGGCGCUUUGGGGUUGUUGAGGCGGCGCCGCGCAGCGUCUCGGUGCUGGGCGGCGCCCAGCGCCUCGCACGGGGCAAUCACUGGAGCGUGAGCAAGGCGGGUACUUCAGGCGACGACCGCCGGGUAAGACGCUCUCACUGGAUGGCGUCUCCAUCGCCGUGUCUGAACGCGACCGUGCGCCUGAUCCGCCGCUCGGCCACGCCGGGCAAGAGGCAGAUCGAUCUCGCCUGUGCCCCGCUGCGGGACCCGCUCGCACCGCUGCCCAGGACGGGGAGGGUGGUUGCGCCGUCUUUCGACGGAGAUGGGGUCGCGGUGGACGGCAGGAUGGACCACUACCGCGAGCUGUGGUGGCGGCAGACCUCCUUCAAGGCCAAGGAGAUCACAACUGAGGCGCAGGCGGAGGGCGCCAUCGAGGGCUCGGGCGAUGACUAUAAGCUAAUCUGA